AUGGCUAGCCAGCUCAAGGCUAAACCUCUAUUUCUGGCCUUUGCAAGUGUAGUUAUUACCGUUACUGGCGCGCUACUCGGUGCGCAGCUCAAGACUGAGCAGCAAGCAGUUAAGAAUGCCAAACAAAUGAGGGAAGCCUCUCCUUCCGAGAAAAUCGAGAUACUAGAGCAGACGAAGCACAAGAUCUUAGUUCAGAAACGCUCCCUAGAGGAGAAGAUCGAGAGCCUCCAUGCACGGCAGGCGAAGCAUGAAACCGAGAGACUCGAGAGAAUAGAGAGGAGCAAGAAGGGAGAGAAGAUGCCUUGA